CAUGUGCAGGCGGCACAACAAAUAUAUUUGUUGUGCAUAGCGCGAUGCCGGCGACGUGUGCCGCUUAUGGACUUCCCGAGGCGUGCCCGGCAGCAACAUUCAUUUCUUUCCGCUUCCCAUCGGUGAAACGCGAUCGUCAGCGCCGUGAAGCGUGGAUCAGAGCUGUGAGGCGACAGAAUGAAGACGGCAGUCCGUGGCAGCUUUCGGAACAUAUAAGACUGUGCGAAAAACACUUCGUUAAAGGUUCGCCGUCCAACUCGCCCAGGCACCCCGAUUUCGUGCCAUCACUGUUUGUCUACACCGAUGUGUUUAAGAAAAAGGACGCCUUUCAGCGCUUCUCACGCAUGGCAGCGCGAACAAGACAACGCGAUAAACACCGACCUGCUGUUUCAGUAACGCCAGUCAAACCAAAACAAGACCCUGGGGCAGCUGACCCUGGGGCAGCUCUUCAGGAUGUGCGCCUUGAAAUGCUAGACUACAACACUUUUAUGCAAGUAUUCCAGUGCAGUUACACCUACCAAAUUGUUUCCUCAGGUGAAGAAAAUUCUGUGGAGGUGGAACAGUCAGAUAACUGCUAUUCUGAGACCACAGAAACAACAAGUUCAGAAAGACCACAGAACAUGCAGAAAGCUUCAUCCAAGGGAUGUCAGACGAGCCUACCAAUGACCUGCACUCAAGAAACCCAGACACAGGAAGUUGUUGAGAAGUCCGGGACUGAGCUUCCAGAGGCGCCCUCGAAUUGCAGGACGCGUGACUGUGGUAUGACCACAGAUCUGACAUUCUACUGCAAGGAGUGUGGUGGCACAUUUGUGACAGCUAUGCGACUGUAUAGUCAUCAGCGUGCCUCGCACCAAAAUGCCUCACUCAAAAAGGAUGGUAGGCUCAUUUACAAGUGCUCCUACUGCUCCUAUUCCAACUACAACAAGGCUUGUCACGCAGCGCACGAACAGAUCCACGGGGUCAAGCACGCGUAUUGCAAGUUGUGCGCCAAGCGCUUCAGCAGCAUCGAAGACUUCGAGACGCACAAACGCAUCAUACACGCAGAGGAAAGGGCUUUCAAGUGCGAUGAGUGUGGUCAACGCUUCAAGUAUUUGAGCAGCCUCAGGCGCCACGAGAAGUCACAUUCGGCGGAUGCCGUAAGGCAUGCCUGUCCAUUGUGUCAAAAAAAGUCUCGCGAUCGGAAUCAACUCAAGCGUCACAUGCGGAGGCAUACAGGCGAGCGGCCCUUUCAGUGCAGCCAUUGCAACCAGAGCUUCACCCGGCUGAGUGGUUUCAGGAAGCACGAACGCACAAAGCAUGCACCCUAGCACCCAUGCGACUGACUGCACUGUGACUGGGCCUCAUCAACAACUUCAAAGUGUAGGAGCGCCUCUGUGUGGUCUACUUUGGGCUUAUAAUGGCUGCUGAUGACAAGGAAGAGAAACCAUCAAUGCAGACGCAGAAGUUGGGGUGAAGAAGCUUGGAUAUGCAAACUAGACAAUGCAUAGUGACAAGGCCUCGUCAAGAACUUGAAGGUAUAGGAACGCAUCUGUGGUCUCCACUUUUGGGCCUAAAAUGACUGCCAAUGACAAGGAAGAGAGAAAUCAGCGAUGUAGACGUUGAAGUCAGAGUGAAAAGGCUAGGAUAUGUGCACUAGAUGACAUAUAUCCUAGGCCAGACGCACAUCCUAGUUGUGAUUAGACGAUGGAUAGUGGGCAAUGUUUCUCAUUGAUAUUGCGGUACGGCAGAAUGACACAGAGGACCCAGUCGAAGUGCAUUGCGCGACCAUCACGAGCUUGUGCACUGGAAGCAUUCACUAGCACAUUCAUGAGAGCUUGACCAGCAUCUUCGUUUUGUGUGUCCGCGAGUUCUGAAGACCGGUACGCUUGCAACCAUGGUGCUCACAGGUGCAAACGACACCUUAGGGGCAGCUCCUGUCCCACAGAAUCCCAAGCUGGCAAAAAUGGCUGAACCAGCAACAGACAAAAUGGCACACCUGUGUCGUUUAGGUAUAUUGUGUUUGUGCACUGCAUGCAAAAUGGCAGCUAAAUGUGUGACAGUUUACAAGUGUCCCAUUGCAAAUAAUAAAGACAAUGGCAACAGACUGAUGCUCGUGUGACAUAUCGCACCAAACUUGCAAUUCCAAAGCAAAAACAUAUGACAAUGCUUCUAAAAGACGGCAGGAUUACGAAUGCUUUUAGCUAAAGAAGUAACUGCAGAGAUUGUGUUUAUUUUCAGAACUACUUUCUUUAAGCACCUCAAUGUAAUUUCCAUGACAGAGUGUACAUAAAGGUAGAAGGUAUUGAAAAAAUU